CAGGUUUGUGCAGAGUUCCACUGAUAUUUGAGAGGUGAUGCAUGGAGUUGCUUGUUGGACAGCUUUCAGCCUCAUUCCUUUUCUUCAUUCUACAUCCGAAACGAGGAACCAAAACACGAAGAACACCUGAUGAGCCCAAUUUCAUUAUGAGAAGACCCCAGGAUAAUUUUUUCCACCCCUAGAAACAAAACCUCCAAGUUUCAAACAUCCAACAUGUGACACAACCGCUACAGUGGAUCAUGUAUUUAUGGCACUGAGAACACUCUGUUCAGAACAAUUUGAGCAAACAGUUUGGUAAUUGCAAACUGUGGUGGAAAUAAAAGGAUUAUUUUAAUUGUUCUUUCUGAGCUGCCAAAACUCAAUCUGUAAAGCAUCAUAGUUCAAUUCUUUCCUUCGAAAUGCUGCAAAAACGCAAGCUUCCUCUUCUACUAAAGUUCUUUGCAGCACUUUUGUCACUGUGGCUGCUUUCCUUCGUCAGUCUGCUAAAGUCAGACUGGACCCCUGCCUUCAAGCUCCACUACGACUGGCUGGAAUACACAGAUGAUGGCAGUCCAGAAAGUGAGUGCAACUGCUCGUCAAUCCUGGAAGGAGACCAGGAAGCACUGGAUCAGGCCAAAUUGCUGACCCUCACUAGAGCUUUUCAGAAAAGAAUUAAGAUUUCUGAUGAGUACUACAUCAAUGCAACCGAGGACUGCAGGUUAUUCAUUAAAACCAGGAAAUAUAUAACAUUUCCCCUGAGCAAGGAGGAGGAAGACUUCCCUUUGGCUUAUUCCAUGAUUGUUCAUCAUAAGGUGCAGAAUUUUGAGCGACUUUUAAGAGCCAUUUAUGCACCUCAAAAUUUUUACUGUGUCCAUGUGGACAAGAAGGCGGAGCCGUCUGUCUUCGCUGCCAUCUUAGCCAUCAGUUCUUGUUUUCCUAAUGUGUUCCUGGUAAGCCAGUCUGUCGAUGUGGUCUACGCCGGCUGGCCACGCGUCCAAGCCGAUCUAAACUGCAUGGCUGACCUGUAUAACACCAGCAGAAGAUGGAAGUACUUCCUCAACCUCUGUGGUCAGGACUUCCCCCUCAAAACCAACCUGGAGAUGGUGAGGAUUCUGAAAACUCUGAACGGUGGCAACAGCAUGGAGUCUGAGAACAUGCCACCUGAAAAGAAAUGGAGGGUGACGAAUGCACAUCAGAUUGUUGAUGGAAAAAUACAGGCAAAAGGAGAAGCAAAGAGUCCAUCUCCCUUCAACCUGCCCAUUAUGUCAGGAAAUGCCUACAUUGUGGCAAGCAGAGGUUACAUCCACAGCGUGCUACACGACAAACGAAUACAGGCGCUCAUCGAGUGGAUGAAAGAUACCUACAGUCCGGACGAGGCCAUCUGGGCAACCAUUCAACGAAUACCAGGUGUUCCGGGCUCAACCCGACCCAACCGCAAAUAUGACGUGUCGGAUAUUAACGCACUUGCACGUUUGGUGAAGUGGCAGUGGCAUGAGGGGUCACAAGAUUCCCUGGACGCUCUGUACCCAGUGUGUCAUGGCAACCAUGUCAGGGCAAUAUGUGUUUAUGGUGCUGGGGAUCUGCAAUGGCUGCUUGAAAAUCACCACUUCUUCGCCAACAAGUUUGACACAGACACUGACCCCAUUGCUAUCUACUGCUUGGAAAGAUAUCUGAGAAAAAAAGCUCUGGCUGAGUUGGAGUAGGUGGAUUGAUAAAACUCAAGUCAUAGUAGUUUUUUGCAGUAGAAGACACUUUUAAACUUCAGUCUCUCGGAGAAUAAAUGUAUUAUUUAAACUGUAAUUAUUUUUUUAAGUAAAUCUUAAUAAAAAUACAGCUCAA